GCAUAAAGCCACUUGAAUUUUUCACAUUUUUUACAUUCAGACUUUAAUAAGUAACCCCCCAAAUGGCAUGCCAGUAAAGCAUGAUAAUUUUACAGUAACCCAAAAGAGGCAAAUGAGAUGAAACGGAUACAGAUUUUUGUUUGGGUUUGAUGGAAUUGUUUGUUUUGAUGACAGAAGCCAAGAAGAAAAUGGGAAAUGCAAGUUGUUUAUAUGAACUGCAAUUGAUACUGUCUUUUAACUACAGUGGAUGCAUUAUAAUCCUGGAGGGUUUCCACCCAGCAUGCUUACUAUGUUCUACAAAUUGACCACAUAUCAUUGAUCAUUGGAACAAAUGGAUACAACAAUCUUGCAUGGCCCAAACAAAAGCAAAUGGAGCAUGGAAAAAAGUAAUUACUAGGCUCUUUCAACAACAGUAUUGUACAUACCCGGAAGAAUGUGGAUACAUAAUGUUUUGCUGAAUUCAGCUGAUGAAGGAUCAUGGGAUGAAAAUGAAUGGAGCAACUUUCUAACAUGUUACAUCUGUAGGUUUCACCGGGAUGAAAUGCUGGUUAGUUAUAGAAUAAGUGUAUGAUAUGUAUCACAGAAAGGAAAAUACAACACUUUCAGUGCAUAAAGCUUCUUCGGUUUUUUUUAUUUCACCUUGACUUCUAUACCUGCCAACUGGAUGCUCAGUUAUAAAGCUGAAGCUGUGAAGAAAGCACUACAGGACCUUCAGCUAAAUGUGGUUGAAAUGACAGAUGAAAGUGCUACAUUAGAUGGUGGAGAUGUUUUGUUUACAGGAAGGGAAUUCUUUGUGGGUUUGUCUAAAAGGACCAAUCAACGUGGUGCUGAAAUUCUGGCAGAUACAUUUAAGGAUUAUGCCGUUUCCACUGUGCCAGUGUGUGAGACAUUGCACCUGAAAAGUUUCUGCAGCAUGGCCGGACCAAACCUCAUUGCUAUAGGCUCGAGUGAAGCCGCUCAAAAAGCUCUGAAGACCAUGCAGCAGAUGAGUGAUCACCGCUAUGACAAGCUGACAUUGCCUGAUGAUGCUGCAGCUAACUGCAUUUAUUUGAACAUUCCAAGCAAAGGGCAUGUUCUACUGCAUCGUGCACCUGAAGAUUUUCCAGAGAGUGCAAAGGUGUUUGAAAAACUGAAGGAACACAUGCUGAUUCCACUUCCCAACACUGAGCUUGCAAAAGUAGAUGGAUGUCUGACCUGCUGCUCCCUCCUUAUUAACAAAAAGACUCUGAGUCUCUGAGUUUCAAAGCUCAUGUAAAUGGCAGCUGCCAGAUAGCAGAAUCUGUGGCCACUUACAAUUUGUUGAUUUGUACUGACAAUCCACCACUGUGCUACUAACUGAGUUGCUAUUUCCGUUCAGGUACUAUUCCCGUGUCUUGUGGUUUAAUAGGGCUGGCCAAAUAUUGCCAUGUGUCAGUCGUUCCCAUUCAAGUCUCCAACCAAAUGGUUUCUGGUCUUUUUCAAAUACAGUUUCCACACCUCUGUGUCAUUCAUUGUCACUGGGCUGAGCUGCUCAGCCACAUCAAGUAAAGCUUUGAACUUGAAACUUAA